GUAGCGAGGCUGUUGGGUGUGUGUGCGCGCAUUUCCUCAUCCAUCUGGUGUCAUGAAACCAGCGGCUGCCCAACCUUUCACUUCCCUCCAAAUCCGACCGUUAAUCUCCUCCCCGGUUCAAAUCCCCCGCCAAUUCCUCUCACCCAGCCCUCCAAACCCACCUCCAUCUCUCAAAUUCCCUCCAAAUCCAACCCCUUCCAAGCCUCCGACACUCAAAUCCCAACAAACCCAUCUCUCCAAUCCCCAAACCUCAACCCAAGACGAUGGCAUUCCCAUCGACCUCGUCAAAACCCUAGUCAAAUUCAAGUCCAGACACAACUACAUCCGGGUCCUGGAUGUCUCCAGAAAGGCCGACCAUCCCUUUGCCGGGUCGAGACUCCUCCUGCUCGACGGUCCGGGCAACAUCCACAGCAUAUCUUUCCUUUUCAAGUCCCUCACAAACACAUACUUCGAUGUGUUCGCUACAUUGCCCCCAAUCAUGCCUCCCGGACCCUUGGGGAUCCUCGGGUUCGGAGCGGGCUCCGCGGCGCGUUCCAUCCUGGAGCUGUACCCACAAGGUGUGAUCCGCGGUUGGGAGCUCGACCCGGCUGUGAUUGCAGUUGGGAGAGAGUACUUUGGCCUCUCAAAGCUCGAGAAACAAUACCCAGAUAGGCUUUUCAUUUACAUUGGCAAUGCACUGAAUGCUAGUGUCAAGAACGGGUUUUCGGGCAUUUUGGUGGAUUUGUUCAGUCAGGGCAGUUUGAUACCGGAGCUCCAGGAUCCGAAUACAUGGGUGAAGCUGAAGAAGAGCUUGAGGAGAGGUGGGAGGAUCAUGGUGAAUGUUGGCGGGAGCUGUGUUGAAGCCGAGGAUUCGCGACGAGACGGGAAAGUGGUAAUGGAAGAGUCUUUGGAGGCACUGCAUAAGGCCUUUCCGGGGCAAGUGUUUGUGUUGAGUCUUGGAAAUAGGAAGAAUGAUAGCUCCAUUGCUCUCACGGGCGAUUUUCCGGAUACCGUCGCGUGGAAGAAGGCAUUGCCCAAAUCCUUGCAGUUUUAUGUUGAUAUGUGGACACCCUUCAAUGGAUCAAUAUGAUGAUUGUUUUCUAGUGUCUGUGCUCUGUAUACUUGCCAAUUCUAUUGGAAUGCAGUGUUCAUUAGCUUUAGUUCCAUAAAUGAUAAAAGUACUUUUGAGCAAGUGUCAAUUCUGUUCUUCUGUUGGUAGUUUGAUGAUAUACAUUGUGAAUUUGUGAUUUGUUUAUUUAAUGAAAUUUUGUGGUUCUUUUUUUCCUUC